UUCCAUGUUCAAGCACGAUUAUGGGAAACCUUCUCCUUAUUGUUUUCUAUGGUGUAAUAUUGAUUGUUGCUGCAAAAUUGAUUUCAGAUCCCAGAUUAAAAGAAGACGUAAUAGACUUUUUAACGACACGUGUUGGCAUUUGACCAGCCAGCUGAUUCCAGUACCUGAGAUGCCGAUCUGGAACUAUAUGACUGCCGAAUUCUUUUGUGUGAAUACCCGCAGAGGAUAGACUGAUAGUAACGUUUUGUACCAAAGUGAGAUGGUUUCGCGUGACACUGCUUUGUGAGGCUUUGUGAGGCUUGAUCAAGAGCUUGAUGCAGUUGGGACUUCGGAAUGGCUUUGUCCGUUAAAGAUACUUCUUGCGGUGUGUUAUGAUGCACAGGGAUGGUUCAUCUGGAUACACUUCAAACACGGUGCCGAGUUGUUGUUAGAUCUUGGAUUACAUGCAGGAAUCAUUGGAGGUAUCGUUCUGCCUUUGCUUGGAGUUGUACCGGAUGCUGCUAUUAUUGUCGUUUCUGGUUUGAAACCAGACGCACAAUAUCAGAUCUCUGUUGGCAUGGGGACUCUAGCUGGCAGCACGAUAAUGUUGUUGACGCUUUCGUGGGGCGGGAGUUUGUUCAUCGGGAGAUGUGACUUGGAUAGCAAUGGUGAAGCAAUUGAAGGAACUGGAAAAGGAAUUAAUUGUUUGAAGCAGGGCGUUACUCUCCUUCCUUCUGUGCAGAAAUCCUCAAACAUUAUGCUUAUUACAUCACUUCUUUAUCUUGUGGUUCAAAGUGCGGACUGGCAUUGGGGUCCCAAGAAAUAUCCUCCCCAUGAUCCACCUCAACCAAAGUAUGUGAAAGAUUCUGCGUUGGCGACUGUCAUUUUGUGUGCCAUAUCUUUUGUUGCCUACCUUGCUUUUUUGAUCCGCAAAACAGUUGAAGUGGAAUCAUUGACACCCGCACAGAAGGAGCAGAUUGAUAUCAAAACAAGACAGCCUUCCGAGAUUGAUCCUAUUGUUACUAAAGAAUCCGAAAACGAGUUGGAAGAGGCCACGGAUAAAGAGAGGAGCAAAGUAGUUGUUGCACUCAAAUGUUUCUUCAUGUUGUGUGGUGGUGUUGCCAUGGUGACGAUAUUCUCUGAUCCGAUGUGCGAUGUUCUCAGUGGUAUAACGAAUAAAGCCAAUGGUGACAAUGGGGGCAGCUACAUCAACAUAAGUCCCUUCUACGUGUCGUUUGUUGUCACACCAAUAUGCUCGAACGCUUCUGAGCUGGUUUCAUCGCUUCUUUUCGCUGCCAAGAAAAAGAAAGAAAACGUGUCUAUUACUUAUGCCCAGUUGUAUGGGGCAGCAACAAUGAACAACACUAUGUGCUUGGGCAUCUUUUGUGCACUGGUUUAUAUCAAAGGCCUGGAGUGGUAUUACUCGGCUGAAGUCACGGUGAUCUUGCUUGUACAAUGGCUCGUGUUUGUCAUGGGUUUCCCCUUGACCUAUAAGUUAUGGAAAGUCGUUCCCGUCGCUUUCCUUUACGUAUUUUCUAUCAUUCUUAUUGCAAUCCUGGAAAGCACUGCUGUUGGAUGGAAAUGAUGAAGAUAAAUUUCUUUUAGUUUUUUUAUUUACUAAUCAAAGUUGUCACAGUAUUUUCUAUAGGUAACACGUUCUGCUAUGUAUAGAGAAUGUUCCAUAGCAUGUGAAUCCCUUGCCCGCGAGACGUCGGAAUCUUUACGAUAAAUUUUUACGAUAGUGUGCGCUAGUUCAAGUAUACCAAUGUUAUCAUUGAUUCGCCAACUAUCUCACAAUGCAAAGUUUCUCGAGGUUAUUGUUAACUAAAAAGGGAAGGAAGGGGCUAAAUGAAUGUUGUAGACUUGUAGUUUCAAUAAUCACCCUUUCUAUAUGCUGACUGCAUCCCCUCUCUCACCCCAGAAACAAACCUUUGAAAGAAACACACGCUGGAUGUCCCAAUAGCGCUUACAUUAUAUGUUUCGAUUCUCAAUUAAGGUAGUCCAGUACAAAAAUAAUAAUCUUUUCUGUUUUGAGGUGGUCUUAUACAAAAAAUAUUUUCUUUUAUUUUGUAAAAUAUAAAGAUCUUUUCAUGCCAAGUUGCUCUGAGUGAAAAAACACUUUUGUGGAAAAUAGACGGUUUUUGUAAACACGAUAACAAACUAGGUUUUAACGCUAGUAUUAAAUGUUUGCAGGCUAUAAGUAUAAACUUUUACGAUAUAUCUGAAAUAACCAGUCGCUAUUUUACUUCGACUGAACGGGAUGCAAAACGUUUAGUUCACCCACGAGCCAAUUGCUUUUAAAAUCAACCAUGAAAAUUUCAUCAAGUUAGCUUUAUUACUUUUUAGU